AAAGGUCUCUUGGUCGAGGAAAUAGUAGAACUCCCCGUCGGUGUACAGGUACUGGGUCGCACGAUUGUCUAUGUCGGCAAUGGUGAAACCAGUGUCGUAGCGCUGAAAGGUGCGCUCGACGACAGUUCCGCUGAGCAGGUUCUUCAUCUUGAUCCGGGUCACAGGGGCCCGCUGCUGCAUCUUGUGGCGCUCAUAGUCCAUCACCAUCCACGGCGCCCCGUCCAACUCUAUGACCAGACCACGAUUCAGAUCGCUGAAGUUAAUGCUCAUGCAGACCGCCUGUCAGAAUUCGUCUGUCUUAAGCUUCCCCCCUACAUUGGAUGCCUUGCUCAGAGGGAUGGCGCCGCUGUCUCCGAGGAUGACGAUGUCCUCGAUACGCACGCCGCCCCAGCCGGAGAGGUAAAUGCCCGGCUCUACGGUGAACACGGAAUUCACGUCCAGCGGGUCGGUGGAACGCGGACUGACCCUCGGGAUUUCGUGGACCGCCAAGCCCACGCCGUGCCCAAGGCUGUGGCCAAAGUUGUCACCGUACCCGGCGUCGGAUAUGACGUCUCGGGCCAACUUGUCCGCCUCCUCCCCGUUCAUGCCGAUCUUCACGUCCUUGAUCGCCGUAAGCUGCGCGUCAAGAACGAUGUUGUAAAUCUUGUGGAACAUCUCGUCCGGCUCGCCCACAACCACAGUGCGGGUAAUGUCGGAGCAGUAGCCGCCGACCUUGGCGCCCAUGUCGAUGACGAUGGGUUCACCGCGCUUGAUGAUGUGGUCAGUUGGCAUGUGGUGGGCCAUGGCCCCAUUGGGUCCGGCGGCCACGAUGGUGUCGAAGCUGAUACCAUCGGCUCCGGCGUCCCGCAUGGCCAUCUCCAUCCGCCACGCCACUUCCCGCUCGGUCAUGCCUUCUGCGAUAGUGGGGCAUACCUCUUCCAUCGCCAGGUCCGAGGCGUCGAUGGCCCGUUGCAGCAGUACCAGCUCAUCGGAAUCCUUGAAGCUGCGCUGGUCAUCGGUCAGGUCGGAGAAGGG